AUGUCUGAAUCCUCGAAAGGAACCCCUGCCGCACCCUGGUAUCCUGUUCCAGCCGUGCCCGUUCUCUCUGUCGAGCACCCAUGCAUAGUCCAAAAUCCGGGAAGAGCUCUCCGGAUGAUCGGCGGCUCCAGAGAAGUAGCCCAGGGUCUGGAGAUGAAUAGUGAUAAACCGUUAGGACUGAGGUUCCGACCUGAGAAUCCGGCAAGCAAGCCUGUGGUAUCUUAUAACAUGAAAACUAACAAUCUUCUCCUGAAAUUCACCGUGCCAAAGAGAACUGGAAGGAAACGAAAGCGUGGUUCUGAUGAUCCAUUUAUUGAGCACUCUACGGAUGCGGCUCCGAGAAAAGAUGUCAGCCACCUUCUUCAAACGCUGAGAGACCAUCCAGAAAAUUGUCGCGUCGAGCCCUUGGGUGCCAUCCACUCGACACACACAUGGCGAACGAUGCCUGAUUUUGCGUAUUCGACCCGAGGAUCUUUCUUUCUCAAUGAGUUGCAGGCCAAGAUCUUUCCACAGCGAUACCCGCUAAUCAAACAGUGGGACUUUCCGCGCACUUAUGGCCUGACAGAUACGGAGACUGUUCCGCCUCCAGUACUCUCAACUCAAGGCCUCCCGGUCAAUUAUACGUACCGUCAGAACCCGGCCGUCAAGGCAGUGGUAGAUCCUUUGACGGGAAAACAGACUUUGCGCAACACUCAGGCUCCCACGAAACUCUUCACAUAUCAAGUUCAGUACGGUGAUAAGGAAUGGCCGGUCAAACCAAAUCCAAAAUGUCUCCCGUUGUCCCAGCUCCCAGAGAGUCACCAGAAGAUGUACCAACUCAUGCGUGAUCUUUUCGAAGAGCGGCCAAUUUGGACUCGUCGAGCUCUGAUGAACCAGUUUCCUGAUGAUGCCCCAUUCUAUCUGGCGCGGCCUCUUAUCGCAUAUCUUGCAUUUUCCAUUCGCUCAGGCCCGUGGAGGGAUACUCUGUGCCGAUACGGAGUAGAUCCCCGAACCGAUCGCUCGUAUCGCAAGUACCAGAGUGUUCUGAUUCAAUUACUACCGCGGGACCGAGACAGGACGGGUGCGCGACAGGAGUUCGCACGAAGAUGGGCUCGCAGUAACGACAGGAGAUCUCACAUUUUCACUGGUAGGCAGAGGAUGCCCUACGACGGACAGAGUUGGCAGCUCUGUGACUUGCAAGAUCCCCUUCUCAAAUCCCUGGUGGACACGCCAGACAUUUACAUCCGCAAUGAGUGUGAAACAAGGUAUUUCGGUUGGUACAGCAACGGGACAAUGGCCAAGAUUCGCGUGGCUCUCAAAGCAAAGGCAGAUGCACUCACCAGCGGUGAAGCAAUGGACGAAGCGGCAUUGGAGAGGUUUUUGAAGUUACCUGACCAAUGGGAUGGAUUAGGAAUGAAAACAUCCAACGAGCAACUCAGUGGUCCUGCAGCGGGAUACAUGCCAAAGGAUGCUGGAAAAAAGGAGCUCGAAUGGGCGAGCGCCUAUCGAAGUUUGUGCCGGACGAUGACGGGCACGUUGCCACAAGCUGGCGGGAGUGGCAAAGGGAGACUAAGCAAGACAAAACAGCGCACGAGGCCCAGCUUCAUUGACAAUGAGGACAGUCUGAAUUUGGAAGAGCUUGAUAUAGCCGCAGGGUAUGGUGAACCGGAGGAAGGUGAUGACCCCCUGGAUGAGCAAGAAGACGAAGAUGAUGAAAAUGACGUCGAGCCAUUCAACGGCAUGGAUUAUCCAGCCAGCAAUGUAUAG